CAUGUGGACAGAGAAGGCAGAGUCCCCGAGAGCCGUAUAUAAGUCGACAUCCGCGGCCGAGGAGUUGUGAUCCACCUCAAACCUCCAAUUCCUCUGUGAUCACUUGCUUGGAUGUGCUGUGUCAGUUACAGUGACCCGUCUCCUCCUCUUCCUGCCGAGGAGAAGAGUAAAGAGGAGGAGCAGCGGUGCAGCGCAGCCAUGGAGGUGGAUGCAGAGGCCUCCUACAGCUAUGGCUUCCUCCCCCAAGGCAGGCACCAGCCCUAUUAUGCUCCACCUCCUCCUCCACCAGAUGGUGAACUGUGGGAGUACUUCCCUUGCCCUUUCUGUUACAUCGAGGUCGAAAUGCCCUUCAUCUCCAGCCAUCUGCAGGAGGAACACUGCUUUGACACCAGAAAUGCUGUUUGCCCGAUAUGCGCCGAGAAUCUGGGGAAGGACAUGUCCGCGCAUUUCAGAUUCCAACACUCCCAUCUUCUCAAGAGGAGGAAGCCUUCGAGGCCCAGCAGCUCACCAUGGCCAGCAGCGGCAUCACCACCUGCAUAUGAUGUGAACCCCUACAUGAUGAGUAGCAGGCCAUGCCAGGACCCUGAGCCUGACCCGCUGCUCUCCCAGUUCAUCUGCGGCAGCGGAGACCAAACCGAAACCGAGCCGGGACUACGCCACGGCCCGAGCAGCGCUCAUCCGGCGGAUGCCCAGAGGCCUGUGAGCCAGCUGGAGCUGGAGGAGAGGCUGCAGAGGAUUGAGUUCCUUAGGGAGAUUAUCACAUCGACCAUUCUUUAGUUUACUAUAAGCUCUAAUUAUGUUCUAAGCCUGUGUUUUAUGGUGCAGAUGUACUAUAUAACCUUGGCUAUCCAUCUAUCAAUACAACAUUUGCAUACUUUGCAGUUA